AUGCCCAAUACUGGUUUUUGGCGUGGCAAUGUCCCAGCUCUACUCAUGUUUAUGCCGUACACAGCUAUACAAUUUACUGUUCUACACAGAUUGAAAACUUUUGCAGCAGGAUCUUCAAAGUCAGAGAAUCACAUUCAGUUGAGUCCUUACCUCUCCUAUUUCAGUGGGGCAUUAGCAGGGUGUGCGGCCACAGUUGGAUCAUACCCAUUUGAUCUUCUUAGAACCAUUGCGUCACAGGGUGAACCUAAGGUGUAUCCAACAAUGAGAUCUGCAUUUGUUGAUGUCAUCAGAACUCGUGGCUUCAGAGGUUUAUAUUCUGGUUUAUCAACAACACUGGUUGAGAUCAUUCCUUACGCCGGCCUUCAAUUCGGCACCUGCGAUACGUUUAAACGAUGGGCGAUGGUGGUCUAUAAUUGUCGAUUUAAAUCUUCCUCUUCCUCCAAUUCUUCGCCGCCAUCCUCCUCCUCUUCCUCCUCCGCCUCUUCCCUAACCGUGGUUGGCCCUGCCAAGUUGCCACCACAAGGUCCACAACGCCACCCGGUUAUCAUUUAUACACAUUCUCCAAAAAUCAUCCAUACAAAUCCUAAAGAUUUUAUGCAAUUGGUGCAAAAGCUUACUGGGUUAUCGCGGCCGGAGGAUGAUCAUCCGCCUCGAGUAAAGCAAGAAAAGAGUAAUUCGUCGCAGGAUGAAGAAAGUAAAAAUGUGAGAAGUAUUGGAAAUGGGAAUGAUGAUAAUGAGUCAUCAUCAGUGAUUACAGAAGAAAAUUGUGGGGGGAGCAUAGUUGAUGGACAAGUUAAUUCUUGUUUUGCUCCUCCAAUUUUUGAUCCUCCAAAUCCUUAUAUGACUAAUAUUCCGGUUUUUACGCCAAAUUCAGCUGAUUUCUUAUGCGCAAAUCAACCAUUUUUUAAUUAUACUGAUUCUCUGUUUUUCAACCCUCCUAGUGUGAGGAGCUCCAUUUCUUCUUCUUCUUCCACCUUGGAAGGGAUAAAUGAGCUCCGUGAAUACUAGCAAAAAUGAAAAAAGAUUUUUUCUGCUGGUUUUGGUUUUUGAUGCCAAUAAGAAAUUUUGAUAGGUCUUUCCUUUUUUUUUUCUUCUUUAUUUCUUUUAAAAAGUUUUCCACCUCAGGAAUAAAUUCUUACAAAAUAAUGUUUGUUUAUUCCUGUUUCUUUAAUUAAUAAUGUCUUUUACAGGAAGAAGGAAAAAGGAAAAGGAAAAGAACAAGAAAAGUAAAAAAUUAUUUUGUUUAAUAACUUUCUCAUAAAUGUUUUGAUUACAUAGUUGAGAUUCAACAUUGUUGAGAAUGUUUGUAAGCCUUUGAUCCAUUUAACUUGUCAUGAUUAAGAAAAAAGAAGAUGAAGAAAAAAAGGUAAUUCCUUUGCUGCGUAUAUUCUGGGUUUAAAUUAAUUUCUUUCAAGUUUGGAAAUUAAAUACCAAUUACUGUUUUUUUCCAAAGGCAAAAAAGGGGAAAAAAAUGUACCGAUGAUGGCAUAAUAAGUUGGUAUAAAUAGCAUUAUUAUAUCCUAUGUCUCCGGGGAGCUUAUUUUCUGACUUGAACUCAACUCCAAGUCACAAGGAGAAUAACUUUUCAAUUACAUCAAAGUCAUCCUCCUAGAGCCUCAAGAUGUCAAAGAAAAAUUCACUUUUCUUUGAUACAAUUGAGACGAGAGAGAUGUGGAUAAUGAUGAUUUAUUAUAAAUGAUACAAAUUUUCAAAUACAUGAAAUGUAUUUGCAUAUAUAUACAAACAUUUAUGUUCUCCAA